UCCAGCCCCACGCCACCAUGUGCCACACCAGCUGCUCCACGGGCUGCCAGCCGGCCUCCUGCACCCCCAGCUCCUGCCAGACGUCCUGCUACGUGCCCGUGAUCUGCCAGCCCACCAUGUCUGUGCCCGUGAGCUGCAGGCCUGCCAUGUCCGUGAGCUGCAAGCCCGCCGUGUACGUUGUCCCCUCCUGCCAGUCCUCUGUGUGUGUGCCCGUGAGCUGCAAGCCCCUCGUGUUCAUGGCCUCCUCCUCCCAGUCCUCCGGGGGCUGCCAGCCCUCCCACCCCACCCUGCUCUACAGACCCAUCUCCUGUAGCACCCCAUCCUGCUCCUAA